CGAGACGGAGACAUGGGAGUUGACCCAGUCAGUUCAAGUGGGGAGUUUGGAUUCGCAACCGGCGUCUGAGUGCUCUCUCUCUCUCUCAUUGGCUUUGCAAUUCGCAUCCUCGAAUUCUCCCUCAAUCUUCAAAUCACAAUACAAAACCCAUUCCUCUCUUCAAUUUCCACAAAAUCUAUUUCCUUCUUCGUACCGCAAUGUCUCUGAAACCGUCGAAUUCGUCGGAGAAUCCGAUACUUCCCAUGUCGGAUCCUCCCCACAACCAAGACGACGACAAGCUCUUCAAAGGUUCCGCCAUGACCAAACGAGGAGCCUUCGCUGCCAUCUCUUACAUGUCCUGCGCAGUUCUGUUGGUGAUGUUCAAUAAGGCUGCUCUUUCUUCUUAUAACUUUCCAUCCGCAAAUGUUAUAACACUUCUUCAGAUGGUAUGUUCGUGUUGUUUUCUCUAUGUAUUAAGGCACUGGAGGGUGAUUUCUUUCACAGCAAGCGAAUCUUUACUUAUGUCAGAUAACUCAACAAAGUUUGUAUCAUUGAAGACUUUGAAGCACACUCUUCCUCUGUCUGGAGCUUAUUUACUUUACAUGCUAGUCACCAUGGAGUCUGUUCGUGGAGUAAAUGUUCCAAUGUACACCACCCUUAGGAGGACCACAGUGGUAUUUACAAUGCUGGUAGAGUUUGUUCUGGUAGGGCAGAGAUAUACACCCUCUGUCAUUUUCAGUGUUGGCUUGAUUGUCUUUGGUGCAUUUGUUGCGGGAGCGCGGGACCUUUCUUUUGAUGCUUAUGGUUAUGCUGUUGUUUUCAUGGCUAACAUCACCACAGCAAUAUAUCUUGCAACCAUAGCUCGGAUUGGGAAAACUAGUGGUCUUAAUAGCUUUGGCCUAAUGUGGUGCAAUGGUGUUGUAUGUGGGCCAAUUUUGCUCAUCUGGACAUUCAUUCGUGGUGACUUGAAGACAGCAAUCAAUUUUCCGUAUCUCUUCUCACCUGGUUUUAUAAUUAUUCUGCUUUUUUCCUGCAUACUGGCAUUCUUCUUGAAUUACAGUAUUUUUCUGAACACAACUCUAAAUUCAGCUCUGACACAGACAAUUUGUGGUAAUCUGAAGGAUCUAUUUACUAUUGGCCUUGGCUGGAUAAUUUUUGGUGGGCUACCAUUUGAUAUUUGGAAUGUAAUUGGGCAAUUUCUUGGUUUCGCUGGCUCUGGUUUAUAUGCCUACUAUAAGCUCAUUGGCAAAUAACUUGCUCAAGUCCUCUAGAUAAAGUAUUUUUUCAAUUAGGGAAAGCCAUUUGCUUCAGCCAUCGAGUCACCCGCUGCAUCUCUCGAAAAGGGUGAAGUAUCUGAAUCAAACUCGGGUACGUGGACCUUGUGAUUGACUAAUCUAUACUUCUAGGAAGUUUUGCUAAAUACAAGUUGACAUGCAAACAGUUUCUGGGGGAUCAGACAACACCUAUUUGUCAUCAUGGCUUUAUUGUGUAUUCAAAACUCUAUUGAUGUAGUAGAAUGUUCAUCCAUUGCGUUUGAUGAAUCUCGUGCUUCCCUCUCUUUGUAAGUUGUAACUGUUAACAAGCUCUGUAUUUUAGUAGCAAAUUCAUUUUGGGGAGAAAACUUGUGGUGAAUACCAAUCCAUUUCACUAUCCCCUCCUCUCUCUGAUUUGAAAAUGCCAAUUAAAAUGACAAUAGAAGUUUUU